GGUAUAAUUUUACAUCUCUAUCCUCUCUUUUUUUUCUUCUUUUUUUUGUGUGUGGGAUUUGUGAUUAUUUUAUUCCUCAAAUUCUAGCCGCUCGUCGUAGUUCAUCUCUUGCUUCAACGAGUAGCUCAUCCCCAUCUCCCUCUUCUGAUUCGUUCGAGGAAUGGCUCAAACUAGCGUAUUUUGCUAACUUAUUCGAGGACAAGCGGCCGGCGGAUUACCGGAAAAGCUUUUGGGUUAACGAAACUGAAAGAAAGGCUUGUCGUAAAUACACGAGCGUUGUUGAUCCAAGUUCCAUUUCGAAGUUUUGGACUGAUCUUAUUUCUCCACCAGAAUCUUCUUCUUCACACGAGGAUGCUUUAAAAUGUUGUCUUAAUCGUGCGAAGCAAUUUGCUUCCGAUGCCUCUAUGAAGAAACAAUUGAAUGACAUAAUAACGUCAUCUUCGUAUAUGCGACAUAAGCCCUUUUUCUUCAAGGGGUUUUCUCUUUCAGAUUACAAGAGUUCCAAGACAAUUAUUAUGUGGGAUUUUGAAAAUACCAAUGUUCCUACCUAUUGUAGACCGUCUUAUCUUUUCACUAAUAUCAAAAAUUCGCUGCGAAAUCUUGGGUACACGGGGGAAAUCGUUAUGCGCGGCUAUGGCGAUGUUCAGUAUUUGCAAGACAAGAACAAACUUGUUGAAAGUGGUAUCCAUAUCACUCACGUAGAUUCGGGGAAAGAUGCGGGUGACAAGCGCCUCCUUAAUUCCAUCCACUCAUGGGCGUAUGACAAUCCACCCCCUUGCAACAUGCUUUUUAUUACCUCGGAUGGCGAUUUCGCGACUGCCACGUUCAUAUUCAAGACAUGUGGAUAUAAUACUAUGGUUGCUCAUCAGAGCACGAAGGUGACUGAAUCCAAAAAAACUCACACCAUCUAAGAAGAUGAUAGAGGAGUCAUCGACGGCAUGGCUUUGGCCUAGGCUAGCUUUUGGAAAAGCUCCAUACAAACAGGCUACGUAGUUCUAUUAACUACUAAUUAAUUCUUAAUUUGUUAUGUUGAAUAAUUGUUCCAAGUAAAUAACGAAUAAUUAUAUUUACAAUUAAGAAUGGAUGAUA